AUGGUGUGCAAGCAGCAGAGAAGCAGUAGUGGUACCACAAGAUGGGCACCCACGCCUGACCAGAUUAGGAUCCUCAAGGAACUCUACUACAACAAUGGAGUUAGGUCCCCAACCAUUGAUCAGAUCCAGUGGAUCGUAGCCAGGCUGAGGCAGUACGGUAAGAUCGAAGGCACAAAUGUGUUAUAUUGGUUUCAGAAUCGCAAGGCUCGUGAGAGGCAGAAGAAGAGACUCACCACUACUACUGAUCAAAUCCCCAUGCAAAGAUCAUCAUCUGCUCUUACUGUUGGAAACAACAGUACUAUUGCCUUUCACGACAAGUACCUUAACUUGAUCAAUCCUUCCAACCCUGCUGCAUAUGUCUUCCCUUCUGAUACUCCUCAUCCUACUGCGGUUGCUGUUGGGCAGAUGGGAAGCUGCUUCGGAUAUGGAUCUGUGCCAAUGGAGAACAGUUUUAUUAGGUUGGUGCCAGCAAAGUAUGUAUGUAAUGUUGGCUGCAACCCUGUUUAUCUUGCCGUGUAUUUGAAAAGGCAAGGAAAGCCAACAUGA